CCUUUGUUCCCCCCGCCCCCCCUCCCCCCUGACGGUGUGCUCUCUCUCCCUGUGCCGCAGAAGAAGCCGGCAGCGAAAGGUGGCAAAAAAAAGAAGCAGGUGCUGAAGUUCACGCUGGACUGCACGCACCCCGUGGAGGACGGCAUCAUGGACGCUGCCAACUUCGAGCAGUUCUUGCAGGAGAGGAUCAAGGUGAAUGGGAAGGCCGGUAACCUGGGCGGGGGCGUAGUGACUAUCGAGAGGAGCAAGAGCAAGAUCACUGUUACUUCAGAGGUUCCCUUCUCAAAGAGGUACCUCAAGUACCUGACCAAGAAGUACCUGAAGAAGAACAACCUGCGCGACUGGCUGCGCGUGGUCGCCAACAGCAAGGAGAGCUAUGAACUGCGGUACUUCCAGAUCAACCAGGACGAGGAGGAGGAGGAGGAGGAGGACUAACCGCGCGGCCCCGGGAGCGUUUUGUACAUUUUCCUGAAUAAAUUGUGGGGAAAAAAAAA